UAUCUUGUUGCGCGUGCGCAUCUGAACUUCCGCGAUCGCCCUACAGCACCCUUUUGUGUAAAAAUAUUCCGCUGGCCUACCUUCGGUGCCACCCACCUGAAUAGCAAAGGAACUCUCUUCAUUGAUAGUCACCUUCCAUACAAUUUGCUGUUUUAAUGCAAGCCAGUUCACAUUUGGAGACUAUUAAUUCAUUUUGUGUUGAGGUCUUGUAAAGUUGAUAUAGCAAACUAUUUUCGAUGCAAUGUGAGCAAUUUCGCAGUUACCACUAACGGAAUGACCCGAUUCGUACACAUAACAUGGAGACCAGCGGCUAAUUUCCAGCGGUGAUAGUACGUGAAGCAUCUGUGUGGACAUUUUCAACUCUUCACAGGAAUCCAGAAGAACUGUGAGACGACUUUGACGGUGUGCUCAAAAUCAAAAGAAGUGCAUAGCAAUUACUUCUGAGGCCAUCAUGGAGAGGAAGGGAAGUAAACGGUUUGGCCGCUAUCGCAAUAUAAUGCAAAGCAUACGUCGAAGGUUCAGUUUGCGUAAGAAAAAGGACCAUGCAUCAGAAAGUGCAAGGGUGGACCAGUGGGAGGAAGACACCAACAAAGUACGCAAUGGAACCUGCAGUUUUCAAGUUCGGUACCUCGGAUACAUUGAAGUCUUUGACUCCCGAGGGAUGCAUAUCUGUGAAGAGGCUGUGAAGGCCCUAAAGGCACAAUGCAAGGGCAAGUAUCAACGAGCUGUGCUUUAUGUAUCGGGAGAUGCUCUUCGAGUUGUGGAUGAAGUCAGCAAGAGCAUGAUUGUUGAUCAAACUAUCGAGAAGGUGUCUUUCUGCGCCCCUGACCGGCAUAAUGAGAAGGCUUUUGCAUACAUAUGCCGAGACGGGACAACGAGGCGGUGGAUGUGCCAUGGUUUCCUGGCGGUCAAAGAGUCCGGGGAACGCCUCAGCCAUGCUGUGGGCUGUGCUUUUGCGAUCUGUUUGGAGAAAAAACAGAAGCGAGGCAGCGAAACGGGAGUGACAGUGACAUACAACCAGUCCAGAACGAGCUUUGAACGUACUGGCUCCUUCAGACAGACCACUCUCACGGAGAGGAUAGUGGACCCACAAAGCGCUAUUUUGGCUGAACCUGUCCCUGUCAAGUCUGCGAAUAACCCCUAUGCGGUACAACGACCCCAUGCCUCUGCCAAUCUCCUGGAGCGGCAAGGCUCUUUCCGUGGCUUUGAGAAGCUCAAUGAGAUUUCGUCACCUUUCAAACGCACUACAUCACUGCGGCUGAAUGAGUUGCCAUCCACCUUGCAGAGACAGAAUGCUGUUUUGGAGUCACCCACACACAAUGGCAAUGGUGCCUUACAGACCAUAAACCAGUCGGUGAACCCCUGGGGGCCGGUUGCCGUGAACCCACCGUCCACCUGGGGUGCAGCGGCCGCAGCAGUUCCAGCUCCUCCCCAGAUGGCCACCAUCAACUCCAGCAGCAACUCAAACCCAUUUGUGUCCUCGGGGCCCGCCUUUGUGCCGCAACCAGGCAGGCUCAACAAUGGAGGGGCUCCAACGACCAUGUUGCAACAACAGCAGCAGCAGCAGAACAUGUUUGCCCACAACCGCAGUCAUUCCAUAGACACGGGGGAGAUGUCGAGCACCCACUGGCAGCGGAAUCAUCAUCAAGUUCAGAAAGCACAACCCUCGGCUACAACAAUGCCCCACCAGGUGCAGCAGAAUGGCGGAGUGGCCUCGGUACCCUCCUCUGCGAGUUCCAAUGCAGCAGCCAUGGGGUCAUCGAGUCCAUGGCCCACCUCUGCUCCACCCGUCCCUUCAUCGCAGGGGCCUAGCGUCGACCCGUUUGAUGUGGCCUGGGCUGCAAAGUCUGUGAACCAAUCCAGUGCAAACCCCUUCGCGAGUAAAUCAGUCAAAAAGUUUGAAGUCCAGUUGUAGUGGUGGACAAGGACAUUGAAAUGAGCCCCAAGCGGAUUGUGCUACCUUUGUGUUGACAUGAGCUCCUGACUUGCCUUCUUUUGUGAGCCUUGUAUUUUCGUUUUCUUCAUAGCAGGAUAGAGGUUCGGUGAAGUAUAUGACUCGUUCUGGAAGGGUAAUAAUGAUGGUGAAAUUAUAUUUCUAAUGUAACGUACAACUAUUUAACUAGAAUAUUGAACGGUAUUUCAAUAAAAGCAAUGCUGUAACAGUUCCCCCCUCCCUUGCACUUAUGCCACAAAAAGAGUGAUAAAAGUACACUGUCUUAUCAUUGGUUGUGUUUUCUUGUUUACAGUUACAUUCAAGAGUUGUUUUUGUUUUUUUCACUUUUUAAUUCUACUUUAAGCACUCCCGAUACGCCUUUUAUGUUUUGUAUUGAGAUGUUGAGAAAGUCACCUGGUUGUCUCUUUUAAAUGGCCAAAGCAUGCUCUGAAUGCAAUUCUUACCCAUCCUUAUUUGAGCCUUGAACACAUAUUUUGAUCAAAGCCCGAAAGUUGUUGCUCACUUAAAGGAUUUCUAAGAAGUUCUAGCUUACUUGUGAUUUAUUCUGACACUACCAACUCGGUAAUGUAGUUAUUACAGUGACCUUGAGUGUUCAAGUCCGAUACAUUGUGAGGUUUGUCUUUACUUUUCUCGUUUCUACUCUUUCUCUCUUCCUCUCCUCCCCUUACAUGCUUUAUUUCUUGUCCUUUGAGCUUAUAUGUCAAGUUGGCAUGGGUGAACUUUUUGGAAAUUUUUUUUUACAAACUCUUGUUUCGGUAAAAGUUGGUGUUAAUCACAGUUUAGAAUGACAUCAUUAGGGCCUAAUUUCUUUUGUUUUCUGGGCAGUGUUGUUGCAGCUGUCAUGUGAAUUGAAUCUCAAAACCUACAACUGUUAUGCUCACGAAGUAUGCCUAAGAUGCCUUAUCUGGCAUUGUCUAAUUUUCUUGUAGGUUAUUUUUAUUGUUGUUUUUGUCCCCAUAUGUCAGUUACAGAUACUUUGCUUGCACAGAGAAGUUGAGGAAAACUGAUCUAGACCCAGCAGCCCUUACAAUUCAAAAGACUUGAGUUGUGGCUUUGAGUAUUGUUAGGAGACUGCAUAUAUAAAGCUUGAGGGGAAGAAAAAAAAAAAAAAAAGAAAUAUUGAACUGUUGUGACUAAUAUUAUCCUUGAGAACUAUUCCAGUUUUAUUGUUAGAUUGUUACCAGAUAUAGGAGUCUGGCAUGACUUACCUUUUCACUGUCGUGAGCACCAUCAUUAUUGUUUUUCAUGUUCUCCCCCCCCUCCCCCCCCCUCCCUCUCUUUGCACUGCCUGUGUCCUGGCCAGCAUGGUUUCUUUGUGGCAUGUUUUUCCAUCUUCCAUUUCCCUGCCGGGCUAUGCUGGCUUGUCAUUCUGUCGUUGGGCCUCACUGCCAUCCACUUUCAGACUGCGGAUAACCAACUCUACUCAAGGCUUGCAUGUCUCAUGCCUGAAAAUUGUAGCAAAACGAGAGCUUUUCCAUCUUUGGUUUCCGGUUUACUGUCUUUGGUUUCGAAUUUUACAUUCAGUGUCCAGUUCAAGAGAUUGUGUCCUUUUGCACAGAAUUACUUAGAUAUUUCAUUGCAACCUAGAGUACUAUGACUUGGGCAACAAGUAAGCAGUCACAGAAACCUAAUUUUAAUAUUUUAGUUCAGAGAUAGGCAAACGUUAGAGUACAUUGUUAGUGCCACAUGCACAAGGUCGACAAUUUUAAAUAGUCAUGUGAGUAAAAUAAUCAGUACUCGUUGGUUAAAAGUAGUUUUCUUUUGCAAGAACAAAGACAUUAUUUAGCUUUGUGUUCAGCUGUUAUAUAUGUCAUGUUGAAGUUGGACCUCAAAUGGACACAUUUUUAUGUAUUUGGGAGAAAAAAUACUAAGUUGUAGUUCUGCCAUGCCCACACUCUAUUUACGGGCGGCAGGGUGUCGAACAAUGAUUCGAUUACAUGAGCAUUUGAUUUUGAAACCCAGCUAUGGAAGACUUUCAGCUUAAGAUCUUUUACUGAAAUGUCAACAUGCAACACAAAAUGCCAAUGAGAGUUCUCGUAGUGUCUGGAGCAAGGUACUAUAUGAAAACAUUUGGCGAGUCGCAUGGGCCUGCCGGCUGUAAUUUGCCCAUCACUGUUCUUAAUAUAAAUAGUUCAUUCUUGUUUUCAUAGAGCUGAAAAUUGUAGAUAUGGAUGCAUGAUCAUUAAUGGCCAGAAGUUUAGCAUAGUUUUCAAAAUACUGAUAUUUAAGACUUGAAACUUGAAUUGUAUUAUUUGGUUUUAACCUCAAAAUGUUAUUUGCGGCCAGAGAAAGAGCUAUUAUUACUGAAUUCUGUUUUGACCCAAGAUACAGGGGAGAAUACUAUUGCAAUUACAGCUGAUGCAUGAACAGGCUUUUUACCCCACUGUAUAGAAAACAUUUGCUGUACUUAUUCAGUUGUAUAAUAACAUGCCUAAUUUUUGUCCAUACUUAUAAAUGAAUUUUCUGAAACUUUAAAAACAGACAUCGUCUUUAUAUAUAUACAUCUUAUGUAUGUUGUAGUAAAAGGUGAACCAUUCAUAUCGCCUUUCCUUGCCUUUGUACUUCUUCAGACUGCACCAGAUAAAGGCCUGCUGUACAGUUGUCUUGAAGAGAGAGGAGACAUGUCCUUAUUUGACCUGACCCUGGAUUCUUUACGACUAACUGCCUUUAUUUGUAGAUGUUAUGGAAAUAAGUUUUGAAUACUUUACGCGUACACUGCAAACUUUCAAGAGGGUGUCAACUUUUAUCGGUUUUGAAAUUUCCUGUACAUUUUUUGAGUGUGCAAAGAGAAUUUAAGAGACAAAAUUGAGAAAUGUGCCUUAGGUUUUUGCCUAUUGAGUUGAUUUAUUACAGGUUGCCAUGGAAAUGCUACGCUUAGGUAGCUGAACCAUUUUUGUAAAGGGGACCACUUGAACCUGAUAUUUUGCACUAUCUCUAAGGAUGUAAACCUCUUACAAGGAGUAAUUUCAUGGGGGAUCUGCCCCGGCAGAUUUUAUCGCUGUAUAUCAGAGAAAACAACUGGAUAGGGUUGAUGAAUUUCUUUCUGUUUCAUUAUAUGAUGCAGAUGUUUGCAGUACCUUCUUUUUUAUUUACUCAAAAUUGUUUCAGAUGGUUUUCUUAUGUUAGGGGUAGUUACAGUCUGUUAGUGUGAUAUUGUAGUUGCAAAUUUAUACAGAAAGACCAGCCAUAUCUUGUACUGAUGUUUAUCUGUGUGUACGGAUGCAGACAUAAUUAUAUUCCCUGCCACUGACGAAAGAGCUCAUUCCUUCACUGUGCUAAGAAAGUUCACACGUAAAGUUGAUAGAUGAAUGGGUCUACUUAACGUGUCCUAGUUCCAGUGGAUGUAGCAUCUUCAAACAGCAGAAACAUUCUCCUGAAUACAGCAUCAUAAGAGUGAGUGGUUGCUUUUCAUGACUGUCUCUAUUUUUCUUUACCUACCUCUUGUUAGCGUAAGUAUAGCGAAUUGUUUAGUAUGAAAUCUCUGCUUCGAAUGCACUCACCCUUGUACCAUGCUCAGUCUUUAAGAAAAAAAUAAUGUUUUAUUCAUCAAAUUCAAGGUAUCCAUUUACAUUCCUACUUCUUUGUGAGAAGCUUUAUUCUGUGGAAGCUCUUUCUGGAGCACACUGCGAGUGGAAGUGCAGUUGGUGAAACAUUACCAAUGAAUUCAACCAAACGAAGAAAGGAAAAAAAAGAGAGAGAGCCAAAAUCUGAGCUAUAAGAAUAGUGUCUUGCCAACGUCAAAUUUUUUGUGAAGAAUAGAAGAAUACCACUGUGGUCAUGGAUAAAUAAAUGUUCCCUGACAAGGUGCUUUUUAAUUUUUUUUAACUCUGAAAGAAAAGUCAUGAAGUGCUUUGAAUAAUCGCUUUUAUUUUGUUGUCGUUGAUAUUCAACAGGACACCUGCUUAGAAGCAUAUUGGUCCCCUCCCCCCUGGUAGAAUACAAGGCCUUGGGGGUAAAUAUUUCUGGAGGGGCACUAAACUUUGUGUGCAAAGUAUUCUGCUUCUGUAUGUCAAACUUCCUUCUAUUUGUAAAGUUAGUACACAAUGGCUGCUAUAGGACGUAGUUUGAAUAUCGGCUAUCAAGAGUCAGUGGCGUCUUCGAGCAAGAAGUUGGAGAGGGAGGAAAGUGGACUUCAUAAGCUGAAGCUGGUUUCUUUGUGCUCUGUUCCUUGCCUUCCUCCCCAAAUUUGCUUGAGCUGCCGUGUUAAGUUUCAAUGUGUAGUAUCACUUUGCGUUGUGACUCAUUACAUUAUUUCAGAAUUUCUAUUUACCAGAGAAAUAUUUAAAUAUUCAGACAUUAUUUUACCUCAUAAUUUGUUUUGUUGGAGAAAUAUAAUUUUUUUUUGUAUAGAUAGUUAUGGGAACAUAAAUUUGUCUUUUUUUUUACACACUGGUUUUGAUUUUAUGAAAUGUUAGUGAAUUCUCCUGUCCGUCUGAACCUAUUGUGAUAUUUACUAUUGCUUUUGUUUUCUAUAGCAUGCUUGAAAAUUGUUACGCAUCUUCUUUGCAAAUAUGAUUGAUUCUGUUGAUUGAAACCUGCUUGUGAUGCUUUUUGUGUACAGCAGGGUGCCCAUGUUCUGUCAGUGUACUCUAGAGUUAUAAAUGUAUAUGGCAUGCAGCCAGGCAAAAUGUAGUACAUGUCUGCACUGUAACCCCUACAUAAGAUACAUCACGGCAUAUUUUGGAGGCUAUUUUUCCUCUCAGAGAUGUGGCUAUUUCUUGCUAUGAAUGUGUACAUGCAGAAGUUUAAUAUUAAUGCGCAAACUGGACUCCUUGUAGGGAAUGUUCAUUGUUGAUUUUAGCUUUUUGUUCUGCAUUUUGAUUGGUCUUGAGUGCAUGCAGGAGUUCCAUUAAUAAAAUUAGUUACCAAAAGAGAAUUAUAAGACAAUUGUUCAGAUUCUUUAGGUUGGGUGUCAACUUGGUUGUGUCAUGAGCUGAAUGUACAGAGCAAUUAGUUGUGUGUGCAUGUUUUUGACUGGCAGUGUGCUUUUUACUUCUUUGCAUUUAGGUGUUACUUGUUUUAUGCUGGAAGUUGAGAAAGCUUCUGGUCGCAGAACUAUUUCUUUCCUGUGUCUCUGUAAUUUCUGUCAGUCAUUUCUCUUUUUAAAAACAAUAUUGUUCUGUUGAUGUGUUCUCUUUUUCCCCACACCAAACAUUUUUAUGUUCAUCACUAGCAUUUUACAGUCGGCUCAGACAGUUACCAUUUUUUUCUCUAUAAUUUAUUUAGUUUGCUUGUGCCAAAAAAUGAUAUCAACUGGUCUUUUUAAAAGAAGCAAUAGUGUUAUUAAUCUGAGCGUUUGGGAGCCGGUAUGAUUUUCAUUUUGACUCUUUUUAUCAUGAUGAGGUUGUGCCUUUGGUGAAUGCCCAUAUUUUUGUAGAAUUGUAUGUCAUUGUCUCAGCUUCUGCGCAUAUGCUUUUGUUUUAUUUAUCACUGUGUCAAAUCAAUGGGCAUUGUAGUCCUUAUUCUAUUUCUCCUACAAGACUCACAUUAGGCCAAAGUGUUCCAUCGGGUUAUAGUGAACAAAUUGUUGUGCCUUCAGAGGACUUGAUGGUUCAAAAUUUAGGGGACCAAGCUAAGUAUAUUAGCUUGGUGUACUACUUGUGGGAGGGAACAGUACAGUUGUCUUGUGGCAAAUCAAAAUGGGACUGGAAUAGCUGAGAUUAUUUAAUGAAAAGUCUUGAAAACUAAAGUUUUGUUUCAGAUUCACAUUCCCCCCCCCCCCCCCCCUUGAUACACACUAGAAGUUAUCGCAAGGAACCUUCCAAUUGUCUUCUUGUAGAUGUUUGUACUGCCUACUAUGUGAUAAUGGUUAAGUUUUGUAGGGUGCUUUUUCUAGAGUUGCCUUUAAUAGACGUGGUUCCUGUCUUUUUGACUGAUGGUGUGGCAUUCGUAACAAUUUUGUGUACCAGCUGUCUGCCUCGCCCUGUCUUGUCAAUGUGUUCAAAUGAUACCGUUUCUGGACAAAUGGCUGUCUUCACCAAGUUUACCAUCUAUUUUAAAAAAAAAUGCGAACUGGGAGGAGUUCUGCAUUUGAACUGUUUUCUAAUAAUGUGGUAGAUCAGAUUUAACGUCUCUUUAUCUUCUCUGUCCUGGAAGAUGUUGAAUUAUGACAAAUAUUUCAAAUUUUAUUUGCGUUUUGUAUCAAUGAAUGAACCAAUGUCAAAGCACUUUUCGAGGAUCAUGAAAGUUUAUCAUGUUUUCAUGUUACAUUACUGCAGUGAGGGCAUCCUGCGUUCAGUUUUGUAUCUGGGAACUUUGGAAGUCAAAAAUUUUUUCCCUAAUGUUCUUAACUUUUUUUGCAAACAUUCGAGUGUCUGUUUGUCCAGCCUCUGACAUUACCUAAGUGUACGUUGUCUGGUUCCUAGACAGACUAAAAAUAAAUUUUGAGCCGCAUUCUAUCAUUUGAUUUAGAGCGAAUUGUAUCCAGUUUGUUGUAUCUACCGAAUAAUAGGGUAAAAAUUCUAUUCAUUAGUGAACAUGAAUUUGGUCCUAUUGUAUCUUAGAAUGUGAUUCUAUUUCAGAAAUGCACAAGCAACCUUUGUGAAAAAUUAUCAUUUUGAAAGUUAGUUUUGAAAAAGUAAAAUUUUAUUUUGGUUGGUGUGCUCAAAGUGCUUGCUAUCAAUAGAACUUCUGGAAUUUGUUUAGCUUAAGUUUUCCAAACUUUUAUGCAUUUUUGUUUAAUUUUGGAUUUUAAAUUUCACAGUGUUUGAACCCAAUUUGAUAUUGUUUUUAUGUUCUUUUGCAAUGCGAGUAGCUUUAUGUGUGCUAAUAGUAUCAGAAAUGAAUUGUCUGUGCUUAUUUUGUAUCACGUUAUUCGGGUUACCUUCGCAUUAGCCUUCUCUGGCAUGUACUACAUUGUGAACUGUAGUGAAACUUUAUGUAAAGGUUUCCUCUUUCAUUUAGCAGGUGGUUUCCUAAUGUGAAUGUGUAUUCAUUAUUUGUAACAGUUUCAGAGUCGUCGUGGCUUGCCUCUUCACCAUUUCAAACCUGCACUGUUUUGGGUAAAGUGAUAAAAUCGCACUAGCCUAUAAAAUGUUCACAAAAGUCCUCAAAAUUGUCAGUCUGAAAGUGAUGUGCACAUGUUCAAUAUUGUGGUAAUUGCGCCAGCAUGUUGGGACAUUGGUGCUUUGGUGUUUUAAUCAUUGAUUUUUCAACUCACACUCCUCCUUGUUGUUCUCUUGUUGGCACUGAUGUUUCAAUACUCUUGUCAUACUGUGAGUGCACAGAGUACUGAUACUGCCUCCAUCUGUUCAUGAGGAAGCUUUAAAUGGUACGUCACCAUGUGAAGGUCUUGCAAUACUGAUUCAUGGAGAAUUGAAUAGUGGGCAUUUAUGGAACUAGUUUCGUCUCUCUUCUUUACAGUCUUAAUGUUUCUGUAGUUGUUUCUCUGCUACCUUCUCUCUCUGUUAACUGUUUCUUUCAACUGUGCUCCCCCCUUUCCACGUCUACUUAAUUGUCACUUUAUAAUGGAGAAAUGCAGGUGAAAUGGAUUAAUAACAGUUUGAGUACGUCCCAAAGUGGCUUAAGAAUUUCUGUGACGCCUCCUGUGGUACAGCAACAGUGGGGUUGGUCAUUGACCGCUGACCGUUGAUAUUAUGUCCAGUCAAGAGAUAUGUGCUAUCAAAGCAAAUCACAUGUAUUUACUUGCUUUUGUUAUACAAUAAAAAUGAAUAAAUUGUCUUAAAGAUUU